CCAUCCGUCGGAAGUGCGUUCUCGUCCCGAGUCUCCUACAGUCUGAACCCGCCUGUGAGCUCGCGCUGUCGGCCUCUUCCUCACGCCUGUGCUCGGUUUAUCCAGCAGAAGUACGGGCUUGGUGGAUCGGAGAUCUGGUUUCGGAUUAUGCUGCCAUUCCAACCGACCAGAACGGCGUGGGAUUCAGCUGCUCUCCUGUUUUAUGAAAGCCAGCCUCUGGAAUGAGCUCUUUUGCUCCCUCGCUCGUGUUUUAUUCACCAGGACUGAGCUUAUGUGGGACAGUAGCGAGUCUACCAGCCUUAACAGCCUUCAGACAAAAGACGGCUGAGAAGUAAUAAUCACUAAUAAAAGGGGUCAUUGUCUCCAUUCUAUGGAGAAAGUGGGCAAGAUGUGGGGUAACCUCAGGAAUCGAUGCCAAGCCCUCUUCCACAACGAUGGCUCAGAGUCCCAUCUGUGUAACCAAGAUUUAGAUUGCAUCCACUGUGUGCUAGACUUGGGUAGGGGAGCACAUGCAGAACCCUAUGAAACUAGGUCUUCCACACCCUCACGAACAUUGUCACUCCUCCCACUGGUUACUGGAGGCCGCAGAGGCCAUAACUGUGUGGCAGACAUUCCUCAGAUAGUAGAAAUCUCCAUUGACAAAGAGAGCGAGGAAGCACUGAUGGGUCCACUUAUCCGUAGGGACUCCUACUCACGUCAUGCUCCAUGGGGAGGUAAAAAGAAGCAUUCAUGCUCAACUAAAACACAAAGUUCACUUGAGGCUGACAGGCGAACAGGACGCUCAAGAGGGAGUACAGCCAGGAGGGAGCGUCGCUAUGGAGUUAGCACUAUCCAAGAGAUGAAUGAUUCUGUAGGAGCUGGCAGCAAUGGGCGCAGCCUUAGCACCCAUUCUCUAAGACAGCGACUUCGGGACACCGUAGGCUUGUGCCUUCCUCUCCCCACACAUCGCCACUCUCAAUCAGCCAAUGGCCAAGUUUCCUCCAAACGUAAGAUCCACCUGACUGAACUGAUGCUCGAAACAUGCCCUUUCCCACCCGGUUCAGAUCUGGCCAACAAGUGGCACCUAAUUAAGCAACAUACAGCGCCAGUCAGCCCUCAUUCCUCAACUGCUCUUUUGGACGCAUUUGAUUCGGCACAUCCAUCCCCUGAGGACGAGGAGGAGAGGCUGCGUGAACGGCGUAGACUUAGCAUAGAGGAAGGAGUGGAUCCCCCUCCAAAUGCGCAGAUCCAUACGCUGGAGGCAACUUCACAGAACCCUUCCCUCUAUAAACUGGCACCGAAGAUGGCUCCUGGUGUUGGGGAAGGCCUUGUGGAGGGCAGAAGUCUGGGAACAGUCUCCUCCAUUUCUGGGGGGGUAUCGGGUAUUGUCACACAGGUUUCAGCAAGUACGGCAGUGUCAUCACACACUGUUGACUGUGACUCUGAGGAGGACUCAACUACUCUUUGCUUACAGACACGGAAGACCAAGCAGAGGCAUGCUUCUGGGGACACACACUCCUCCAGACAACCUGGGCCUUGGAAGGUCCACACACAGAUUGACUAUAUCCAUUGUUUAGUGCCUGACUUACAGGCCAUAACUGCACUUCCUUCUUAUUGGGGGGUGAUGGACCGGUACCAAGCAGAAGCACUGCUGGACGGACGACCAGAGGGCACCUUCCUGUUACGUGAUUCUGCACAGGAGGACUACUUGUUUUCUGUUAGCUUUCGACGCUACAAUCGUUCACUGCAUGCACGCAUUGAACAAUGGAAUCACAACUUUAGCUUUGAUGCGCAUGACCCCUGUGUCUUCCACUCUUCCACAGUAACAGGCCUGCUGGAGCACUAUAAAGACCCCAGUGCCUGUAUGUUCUUUGAACCCCUGCUUACUGUUCCCUUACACCGGACUUUCCCUUUCAGCCUUCAGCACCUGGCGAGAGCCGCCAUCUGCAGACACACCACCUAUGAUGGCAUUGGUGCCCUGCCACUGCCUCCAACCAUGCAGGACUUUCUGAAGGAGUAUCACUACAAACAGAAAGUCCGUGUGCGCUGGCUAGAGAGAGAGCCACCACUCAAGGUCAAAUGAGGUCUGGCUCUGCAAACGAGGGAGGCAGGAGGGUGGGCAAGAGCUUAGCCGUCAGAGUAUGUGGUUCAUAUUAUCUAACAUACAGCUGUCUUUAGACACACGGCAACAGAGGAUGUUAUGAACCUCCAGUUAGUUUUUUUACCGGUAAUACUACACAUGGAAUCCAUACAUGUUUCAGUGCAGUACAUUCUGUCAAGCUAUCUUAUUUGCUGAAUUGUCAAGCAUGGUGGGAAUGAGAUGGACUUCUUCUGCUCUUUUAUCUUAUGUCCUUAAAUCCUUUGGCUCUCUUCUAGCCUGCUGCAUGCCCCCUGCAUUCUAUCUUCUAGUGUUUUACACUAUUUUGAGGAGUGAAACUGAGUGUUGUCACAUUAACUAGCCUCUUUUUUUCCGGCAAAUUGAUGACAUCUACAGUAGCUUAAUCCAGUGAUAAAAUAUAUUCAAGUAAUCUUGGUUGUCUUCAUACUUGAGUAUCUGCUACUCUCUCAAAUUUGAUUUUAAAUAUCUAGUCAUGUUAACUGUAUGCCUAUUUGCUAAGUCAUGACUAAUUUAUCAACAAUACCUUCAAGAUACUUCUACAAGUAUCAAGUUCUCUGAGGCAGCGCUUGUUAAGCCUCGUGUACAUGGACAGGAUCACAGAUAUAAAUGCACCUCUCAGCACUAAGCAUGCUUUAUUUUUAAAAUUGAGGCAGACAGAAGGGAAAGGCAUGAAAUAAUUGCAGGCAAGGGGGAGCACAGUGCUCAGUGUGCCAUAUGAUAGAGAGGACAGAUUAUUUAAAACUAGGCCCUCAUGUUGUGUCAUGUCCCAGCAUAAUCUUUGUUUUAAACAAUCUAUUUUACUAUUUUCUAUUUUUAUCAGCGACAGUCUAAAAUGACAUAUGGCACUUUAAUUGUUGUUUGUGUACCGCACGAUGACUUAAAGACUCAAGUACAUGCAUAUAAACUGCUGAUAUUAUCGGUGUGUUUUUUAAUGGACCUUAUUCAUAGAAUGGCCACCUACCCCAUAUUCUCAGCAUGAGUCACCCGAAGUUUAUAUUAGUGUCAAGUGUCUCUUACCUCUCCUUUGUAUAUGUUAUGUAUUCGAGGCUAUAUUUGAGCUAACAUGGUAAUAUAUGCAACACCUGAAAGUGUACCAAGAAAGUCCUCUGUAAAACUUGUGUAGAUGCCUCUAAGAUUGUCUUCACUUUAGAUAUUGUUGGAACACAGAUAGAUGCCAUCACCGCGUAUAUAUUUAAUGUUUAUUGGAUUAAUGUCCAGUCAUGUUAUAAAGUGUGAUUGGUUCCACUUGAUAAUGUUGCACUUUUAUUAAUUAUGAAGCAUGCAGUUAUGCUUCGCUCAACAUAAUUGUGCACUAGUGAUUGAAAUUCCCUGAACAUUGUAAAAUAUAUAGUAUAGUGUUAUAAAACUCUAUACAUUUGAUGUGCUUGGUCUUACCCAAAAAUUCAAUUUAAGCCAACAAAAUUAUACUAAUCAUACUACAGUUGGUACAAUUUGUGUAUUUGAUGAUCAGCGACCAAAGGUGUGCAUCUGUGAAAUAUUCCACCAUGCUUCUUGAUUAUUUAUAUCGAGGAGUUCAAUGAGUUAAUUAUAGUGUCCAGUUUUCUGACUGAGUAGCACCCAUUUUGAAGCCAUUUAUUUCAAUUGCAAUUAAAUCCACAAUUAAAUUCUUUCAGAAUAAGCCUCAGUUGUCACUGAAAGGAAGUCAUUUUGUUCAUUUUAACUUUUUCCGCUUGAAUGACCUGAAUAAAUACUCAAAACAGCCAUCUUAAAAUUUCUUCCGCCCUGCACACUGUAUGCUCUGUAUACAGGCUCAUUUUAUGUCAACUGUGUAGCGGUACACGUCAGAUGAUGUCAUCUGCUUUCAAGACUUCAACUUUGAGAAUAAUCUACCUUUCAUUGAAUUUACAUAAAAAUAUUGGCGCUUGGUCACAGCUUGCAGUUUCACAGCCUCUCCCCGAGCCAUACUUGCUGAAGAAAAAACUUUUUUCAGAUGGUCAUGCUAGGAGACCAGAUUGCCUAAUUGAAGCUUAGCCUAAACCAGCUAAAAUCAUCUUACAUGGUGUUACCAUGUUUUUUUAGUAUAUGGUAACAUGGCAAUUUCAAGGAAUUUGGACAUGUACAAUCACAGUGCCAUGUUGUUGUGGUGUUUUUUUUUUUUUUUUUAAGAACAUGUUCUAUGGUUCUUCUAUGGUAUUCUAUGACGUUCUGUGAAGUAUCAUAGUAUGUGGCAAAGUACCAUGGUGUGGCUAUAAUCUGGUACCACCACGGUACAGUUUUGUAAAGAAAUUAUGCUUGUCUGAGAAAAUAUUUCCCUGUUGCAAAAUCUCAACGAUGCUGAAGGCGUUCAGCAGAAAUUCAUGAUGCUCUUUCCCGUUUCAGAAAUGAGUUCAAAUGAUGUAAGCCAUUGCAUUUAUGACAAAGCUUAAUUUUCAAGGGUGUUGGUUCGAGGCCUGUUAAAUGCUAUUGGAGUUAAAUGCUAAUGAGUGGAUACUCAUCCAGUCAUUUGGGACUUUGUAUGCCACUGCACAGUGAGCAAGUCUCUCAUGAGUUACACCCUGCCCUGACUUACAGGCACUAAUCACAGGCUAAAUUUAAUAUGCUAGCCUCUAAAUUUACCACCUGCUAAAAGGACCACUCUGUGUUUCUUGAUGGGUGCUGUGAAAAUAGAGAAGAGCUCUAAUUUUUCCUCUUCCUCUCUGGUCUGACCACAUCCUCAGCAUCACCCUCUUUCUUGGGUAUGUAGAGCUGAAAGCAGUGAGCGUGUUGUUUGUUUAGUCUGGAUACUAGCUAAAGUUAGCAUUAGCAAGAGGCUAACACACACAGUGCUCCAUUGAGGAACAUUGAGUCCUGCAAGGAACGGGGCUGGGUUUGAAACCGCAGUCGUUAUUUAGGUAAUAGUUUAGAGAAAGUGUUAUGAGGGAAGUGUAGCACACCAAACUAAUCCAACGCAGUGUUCUCAAGUAACUCAGGCCUGGCUUAUUGCAUUCAAAAUAGUGCAGAUAAAAUAGUAACAGUGGGACUGCAGAAGUCAACAACGAUUACAGUGAGGAGUUUUGUUUUGAGACUUCUGUGAGCUGGGUCUAGUAUGGCCUGAGGAUGCUUUGUCCUUGUUUUCAUGGUUAACUUGUCAACUUGAUCAUUUUGAAAACGCUUCUCUAUAUGGAGGAGUUUGAUGUUCUUUCUGCCCUUUUUCCCCAUGGGAAAUUUCUUAUGUCAGCCACUGUAGCACAUACUGACUGUAUGAACAUGUCAAGUAGACAAACUAGCCCGUGAAAAAACUGCUUCAUACAUGCAUACUCAAAUGUACCCAUAAAUGUUAAAUGUUGGGAUGUACUAGUGAAAUAUUAUAGAGUGAGACUUUAUGCUACCGACUGUGGCAGGGCAGCAAUUAAUCUUGAAUUUAGUAAUUCAUCUGUUUAGAUAAUAACUCUUUUAGCUCUACUUUAGUGUCAAUGUGUAAAGUUCUUGGGCCUCAUUAUGAAACAUGCAUAAAACCAUCCUAAAUGCGAAAGCAUGAUCAUUGCAGAACAUUGAAAAGGAGAUGAUAAAGUUUUUCCAGGUUUCUGUCCAUAUCCAUGUGGAUUGUCCUAUAUUUUUUUGUCAUUUAUAUAUUAAUUUAUUCAGUUUUACACUUAAAAGUCUCCAGAAGACUUCAUCUGCGAAUAUGAUUUUUACUUGGUUUACAUAUAAAAACACUGCCGUGACAAUUUUAGCCUUCGCAAAUCCCAAUUUGUUCCUACACAGGAUCAAAUCCAUGGACUUUAGGAUUAAAUCUGAUUUUAAAAUGGGUUUUAUAAAUGAGGCCCUUGAUCUUUUCAACCUUGGUGCCAAAAUAUAUUGCGAAAGGAGUUGAAUAAUAGUUUUAUGCAAGCAGAGUAGCAUUUAACGAAUUAUUUUUGCAUAAAUUGAAUCUCUAAUACACAUUGUGUGUGAUGUAACCAUGGUUGCAAUAUUAUGUCACUUUAAUGCUAUAUGUGCACGCUUGUAGUAGUAUGUACAAUAUGUGAGCGCUGUGACAGGGCUUGAUGAUGAUUGGGGCUAAUGGUUGUCAUUCUGCCUCCUCGACCGCCUUAUACCUUCUGACCAAUCACAACAGCCUUCUCCAAUAACCAGCCACAGACUAACUGAGCUCUAAUAAUACAGUAUCACCAAAAAUAUUGUUCGCGGUUUCCUUCGAUCUUCUACUCAUUUUAUUAACUAACUUCUGAGAGGUGCUUUUUAGAAAACAAAGAUGUUCACAUUUUAGUUUUUGUGUUUGGUUUGACUUCUGAAUAUUUUCUUGGACUCUAUUUUGUUUUCUUCGCGUAGCCUGUUCAUUGUUACAGCCAAUGCACUUGUAGAUGUCACUCUUGGUGCUUUGUGAAUGCUUCAUUGUCUUAAUAUUAUUAAUGAAAUGUUGAGUGUAUUCCAUAAAGUAAAUAAAUCGGAUCACAAACUG